AAAUAAUAUUUGAAUUUCCCUCGGGAUUAAUAAAGUAUCUAUCUAUCUGUCUGUCUGUCUGUCUGUCUGUCUGUCUGUCUGUCUGUCUGUCUGUCUGUCUGUCUGUCUGUCUGUCUGUCUGUCUGUCUGUCUGUCUGUCUGUCUGUCUGUCUGUCUGUCUGUCUGUCUGUCUGUCUGUCUGUCUGUCUGUCCUUUGGACAAGAAUUUAUUUUUCUCAACAAACCAUAUAUUUAAUUGUUAUUUAGACUUCUUGAUAGACAUCUCAGUUUUAUUUUUUAAAAAAUUUGCAUCUUGUUCGUUUCCAGCCAUGAUUAGAAACCGCUAAAGCUUCUUGUAACCAUGGCGACAGAGAUGCGUCAACAUUUAAGAACCGGUGUGAACAACAGCUAGAGAUUUCCGUUCCCCAGCAACGCAAAAAUAACGAAAACGUCCGUUGAAAAGACGAGUUGGGGAUAUAUCAAUACACACAUACUCAGAAAUGUUUUAAAACGCGUGAAAUCUCUUAUUUUCUGUCAGCGGAACGGGUUAAUUUGUAUCACACGAAAAACCAGCAGUGUUGGAUACGGAAGUAAACAAACGUAUCUGCUGUUAGCAACCAGCAUAGCAACGGUUGUAGCGGACUCAAACUCAUGUGCACAGCAGCUGUGUGCUAAGUUCAAAUAAGAUGUUUAAAAACACAUUUCAGAGCGGGUUUUUGUCCAUCUUAUACAGCAUCGGCAGCAAGCCGCUUCAAAUAUGGGACAAAAAGGUGAGGAAUGGUCACAUCAAUAAAGUUGCAGACAAUGACAUACACUCAAAUGUGUUGGAGAUCGAGGGAGCCAAUGUCAGCACCACCUAUAUUACAUGUCCUGCAGACCCCAAGAAGACACUGGGCAUCAAACUUCCAUUUCUGAUCAUGAUCAUUAAAAACCUCAAGAAAUACUUCACAUUCGAAGUUCAGGUGUUGGAUGACAAAAACGUUCGACGGCGAUUUCGGGCGAGUAACUAUCAGAGUAUGACUCGAGUGAAGCCGUUUAUCUGCACCAUGCCCAUGAGGCUGGAUGACGGCUGGAACCAGAUUCAGUUCAACCUGUCAGACUUCACCAGGAGGGCCUAUGGAACCAAUUACACGGAGACGCUGCGUGUACAGAUUCAUGCUAACUGUCGUAUAAGGAGGGUGUAUUUCUCAGAUAGACUGUACGCUGAGGAUGAGCUCCCAGCAGAGUUUAAGCUCUACCUGCCUGUCCAGAACCAGAAGACCAAGCAGUAGAGCCUCUCAGCCUGCACUGUUCCUUCAGAUGUGAUGUAGAUUUUCUGAAAAGGUUUUACUUCUGUGUAGAUAAAUGAUGAACUUGAAAACAUUGUUAUAUUGUAAAUUUUGAGAUGAGUUUUCAGUAACAUCUUGUGCGACUCUUUGCACAAUAAAUCUUUUUUUAUGGA